CGCCCCGCCCGGAACCCAAACACCGGCUCCUGCUGCGCGGUCGCGCGUGAUCGCUUGUGCCACUGGCUCCCUGUCCCGGCCCGGCCCGACCCGCCGAGCGAUGCUGCUCCUCGUGGCCACCUGCGUCGUGGCGUUCGUGCUGCUGCUGUACAUGCUGUCUCCUCUCAUCAGCCCCAAGCCCUUGGUGCUGCCCGGGGCGCAUGUGGUGGUCACGGGCGGCUCCAGCGGCAUUGGAAAGUGCAUUGCUAUCGAGUGCUACAAACAGGGAGCAUUCAUAACUCUGGUUGCACGGAAUGAGGACAGGCUGCUGCAGGCAAAGAAAGAAAUUGAAAAGUACUCUAUUAAUGAUAAACAGGUGGUGCUUUGUAUAUCAGUUGACGUAUCCCAAGACUAUAGCCAAGUAGAAAAUGUCAUAAAACAAGCACAGGAGAAGCUGGGCCCGGUGGACAUGCUUGUGAACUGUGCCGGGAUGUCCCUUUCAGGAAAGUUUGAAGAUCUUGAAGUUAGGACUUUUGAAAAACUCAUGAGCGUUAACUACCUGGGCAGCGUGUACCCCAGCCGAGCUGUCAUCACCACCAUGAAGGAGCGCCAGGUGGGCAGGAUCGUCUUCUUGUCCUCCCAGGCAGGCCAGGUGGGACUCUACGGUUUCACGGCCUACUCUCCGUCCAAGUUUGCCAUCAGGGGGUUAGCGGAAGCGCUGCAGAUGGAGGUGAAGCCCUAUAACGUCUAUGUCACCGUUGCCUACCCACCGGACACAGACACACCUGGGUUUGCAGAAGAAAACAAGACAAAGCCUUUGGAAACCCGCCUUAUUUCAGAGACCACGUCUAUUUGCACACCAGAGCAAGUGGCCAAACAGAUCGUCAAAGAUGCCAUACAAGGGAAUUUUAACAGCUCCAUUGGCUCGGACGGGUACAUGCUCUCGUCCCUCACCUGCGGGAUGGCUCCUGUCACUUCCAUUACUGAAGGGCUCCAGCAGGUGGUCACCAUGGGCCUCUUCCGUAUGCUCUCUUUGUUUUACCUGGGAAGUUUCGACAACAUAAUUCGUCGCUGCAUGUUAGAAAGAACAAAAUAUGAAACUGCCGACAAAACUGCCUAAACCUUGGGAAAAAAAAGAGCAUUUCUAAAUAAUGUAAGCAGCUUGCUGCUGGACGGGACCCAGUUUUUGGACCACAGACACUUGCGUAUUGCUUUUGAACCUGUCAGAUGGGACCAGCGGUCUUCGGCAACCUGGCUGCGAGCAAGGGGAUAGAAGUUCAAGUGCAGACAGUACUAUUCAUACUAUGCAAACACGGACUGGGAGACCAUCUGGUUCCCUGGGAGGAGAGGCGAUGACGGUGGGGGAACUAAUAGGUGCGAGCCGGCCAGGAGCAGGACUCCAGGGGGGUCAUUUACCUUUCUCCUAGUUAUUCUUUCCCAUCCCCUUAGAGAUCAAGUCCAGAGAUGGACUGUAUGACACAUAAGAUGUUGUGAGGACUUCUUAAACUUGCCAUGUAAAACAGUUUAUGGGUUUCUGAGGCCUUUUUUUUUUUCCCUCUUUAAUUUCAUGUAUUUUAUUCAAGAUGAGUUUUACACGUUGCUGGUAAGUCUGAUUACCUGAUGCUUCUGGCUCCCUGUGCUGCUUGCUAGUGGAUGCUUGUGGAUUCUCUCGCUCUUCGAUCCCACACCAUUCCAAGGGGAUGGGAGGGCAAUGCAGAGAAGGGAAGGGGGGAGGUAUUUUCCAGUAGGAAAAACCAUGCUUUCUUAUCUUCUUUAGGUUCCAGUUAUUAGGGCACUUCUCAUUUUUCACUCGGGGCAAGGCAGCCUCCUACAAUGUUUUUUUGAAGAGGAAUAAAAUCUUAGAAGCUUAAACAUUUACCAUUUCUUCACUAGCCGUGAUGAGCUGAGGUUUCAUUCCAUUGUAUCAACAGUUUAUCCUCAUCUCUUCCUUUCCAAGUUUGCUUAUACUAUUACAAUUUUUUUUAAAAAAGACCAGUUAAAAAUUUUUGACUUGACUUGUUCAGUUCAUUCAUGAAUUAGUGAAAACAAAGAAAAAAAAUUGAGAUGUGAGACAGUCUUCUCAUAGUAUAUAUGUAACUUUUAGGAAAGGCUCGUGAUAGCAUAUUUCAAGUUCACUCAUUGAGGGGGGAGAAAAAGGUGGACAACAAGCCGAUUUUGAAGAUGCUGGUUUUGGGAAUGAAAUGACCGCCUCGCCCUUUUGUGGCCCUCCCACGGGCCGCCAAGUGUUCUCUCUGAACCUCGCAUUAAAGAUGCCCAGUCAGCUGCUCACAGCAAAGCGUGGAACCUUGCGGCCCCACGGAUGCUGUUUGCAGGCUGCAGCCUCCGUCGUCCAUUUCGUGGGUCCCACAGUAAGUGCCUCGGAUGCGUUUUAGGCAGCGAGGCACUUCAUCCUGUCAUUGUGCGCCUCUGACCCGAGGACAGUCACCUUCGUCCUAAUGUGGUGCCCCACCUCGCACGGCCAGGAUGCGUGUUGAGCUGUGCAUUUCAGCUCACUUGGGUGAAGCAGACCCCUGCUUAUGAAGAGGAAAGUUUUUAUUGUUAAAAAAAAAAAACCAAAACUCCCCAAAAGAUUAAAGACCUAAAAAUGAUAGCAAAGCCUUUUUUUCCUCUUGAGUUUUUAAACCUCUUGACUUUAAAAUGACUUGAUUAUUUUUUAAGUAAGAUGUUUAAUGGCUUUCACUCAGAGGGCCUCAUUAAUCAGAAUCUGAGAAUGGCAUAGUUGAACACUAUCAAAGGAAGGAGAAGUUACUAUUUAAGGUGUGAAUGGCUUGGGGUGAAUUAAGGGCAGCCGCCUGGGUGGGUCGAGGGCCUCACGAGGUCACGAAGCUCGGUCUUUGGUCGCCAUCAUCUGCAAACUUUGCAAUGUCUCAAAUGCAGUAAGAGCUGUAUUUUCCUAAUUCUCAGAAAACAAUUACACUCCUCUCUGGGUUUUUCCUCAAGUUUAUUCUUUCCUCAUAAAUGUUCCUCAAAUGUCGGCACCUUCUGCUGGUCUGUGUGGGAAAUCUAGUCCAAGAUGGUGUCUCAUUUAAUAAAAGUAAUGAGUUAACAGUAGUUAUUUCAAUAUUCGUUUCUCAAGUUGUCCUCCUUGACAGUACUGUGACUGCAGGUGACCUACUGCCUGGACAGGUGUGAGCCCCCAGGUCCGUGGUGAGAGGUGAUGUCCCCACGCCGUCUGAAGCUCAGGCACAAGGGCAUAUGGGUGGCGAUCACACCGUCAGGGAAGGGGCUCGUCACAGACGCCGCAGGGCCACGGUCCUUUAUCCAAACAGCUUCGAGAACUAAGGUGCUUUUUGUUUUCCUCUCUCAAUUGGGUGCCAUGAUGCCUUUGAUAGCAAGAUGUGACGUGAACCGACAUGAGAUCCGUAGUUUCUGUUCAUGCCCCUUCAUGGACUGUUUGUUGGUUUUGCCUGGAGAACGACCCGUGGGUUUGAUGAUCAAGGUGGCCUCCCGAUUCUGUGGAAAUGAUUCGCAUCUCCAGCAUAUGCCCCAUGUUACCUGUUCGGAAUGCAGAUGCGAAUGCUGGGACACAUCUGGCCGGAAGGCAUUUGGGUAAAGGGAUUGCAGACGUUUAAGCGGCGUUACGCAAAGAACCGACUUCACCAAAAACAUGGACGUAUCACAAGGCAAAUUCUAUUUAUUUUUUUGGCUCAGUUCCUUUCUUUCUUUCUUUCUUUUUUUUUUUUUUUUUUACAGGAAGAAGAAAAAAAAGCCCUGAGUCAGAUUGUUAGGGAAAUGAUUGGCUUUUUUCUUUUUAAAGGAGCACAUUGAUUCAGUGCUUUCUAUUGUACCUAGAAGUGGAUACAUCUUCCCUGUGGCUGGAGGAGUUUAAUUAUAAUUCUGUUGAAAUGUUGGUUCCCUGUGACCAGCAUCAGCUCAUUAUGUGAGUUUCAGUUCUGAAGUGCCUGUCUCUGCCGGGUUUGGCUGUACUGUUUUAUUAUAAUGUAUUUGUGAGUACAUUUAUUUUAGAAUGGGUAAUGUCAUUCAGCCUUAGAAAUUCCAAAAUGUGUUCAAGGACCCUUCAUAAUUGAAAAAGGUAUUUAAAAAAAUAUGCAUUUCCUUUUAUAGAAACAAAGUCAAGGGAAUUAUUUUCUAUAUUUUUUAAGUUUCAUUUUCAGAGCUGAAAAGAGAAGAAAUUUACAAUGUUAACGAUGGAUGGUCUCUUUACUAACUCAGGUUGAGCUUUGAAUCUUUAUUUUGUUCUGUUGUUAAACGAUAUAUCGAAGUGAAGUGUUGAGAGACUUUCCAAUAUUUAGACGACAGAAGCAUUUUGGUUAUAAUUGCUUUGAUUCAAAUAAUUAUAGAAGACAGUACUGUAAUUUUUUUUUUACUGAAAUAUCAACAGAUUUAAUUUUAUUACAUCAUAUUCUAAUUUAAAUGUGUCUUAUUUGAGAACACUUAUUUAUACUUUUGACUUAAGAUGCUUUGAAGCUUCCUUAUUUCUUUUAGUUUUUAGUGACCCUACUUUAAAAAGCACCUGCUAACCAUAACUUUCCGUCUUCUGGGCUAAAUCUCAUUUAGUUCAGUGCAGUGAUGGCAGCUUUGAUAUUUUGAGAAGGAGAUAGCAACUAUUAUAUUUUACACUUGCUUGAUGUCACAACUCUAAAGACUUUUUUUAAACCCAACAGUACACAUGGCUAUUUUGAUAUCUGAGACCUUGCGUUUGCUACUUUGGAAGCUACUUUGUGGCGUAAUUGUAACCUAGUUUUCAUACCUUGUAUUUCUGAAUGACAACAAAAAUAAAUGGGAAUAAGCUUUGCAGAUUUGAAAAUUUACUUUGCUAGAAAUAUGCGUUUUUAAAGAGACACUUACGUAAAACAUAAACCUCCUCCAUAAGGUUUCCUAACCUUGCUUCUUGAACACUUGACAAGGCUUGAUUGAUUUUCAUCAUUUUUUAAGAGGUAAUUUUUCAGAGUAAGUACUUGAUAUGAUGAGCUCCGUUUCAAAUAGGUUGUGUGUUUGCGUGACUCUGAUGUGGGAUCUAUGAGUAAAACUCUUAAGAAAUGCGGAAUUUAGUCAAAUUUCUUAAUUAUGUUUCAUGUACAAAUAAAUUGAUUUCCCAUACCUUAAACCUUCAUAUUCUAAUAAUAAAAUAUCUCUGGUGCUGAAGGGUAUAAA